ACACCGGAGGCACACAUCCACCCACGCAAGUUGUACUAUGGAUAGGUAGGUAGAGCAAUCCAUGAGUUGACAGUGCUCGGACAGCGGAGCCUGCAGAUCGGGGUCGUCAUAGCCCCUGUUGCGAGAAACGAGAUGAGUGUCCGCCGCCAGCUUCGAGCCUCUGUUUGCUUUUGGUAGGUAUCAGGCCAGAUGACUUCCCCAGGAUGUUGACGAAGCCCAGGGAUCCCACGAUGUCCUGUUUUGCCGAAUUUGCUGGGUCGACCGGGUCGGCCCCCGAGUGGUCGCCUUGCGUUGCCUUCUUCUCCCUACCUAGUCCGGAAGAAGGGAGGGGGAGGGUCCUGAAGCCGCCGUGCAAAAGUCGAGACCGUGAAAGGCUAAGUGGACGAUGUGACACGUCGGUUUCCUCAAUAUUAAGUUCAGGGAAUGAAGCAGUCGCUGCUCUCCUGAUCAUUGAAUCACUCUGUCGCUUUGCAUUCGGCAGUUUCUUCUCCUGGUUGAGCUCGUCCGGAAAGAUCAACCGAGCCCGGCCACAGCCUGAUGCCUCGAUUCCCCUCCAGCUCCCUACCUAUUCCAUCAGCCAACAAUACAGGCGUACUCGCUUCUGCCGUCAGAGCACUCUCCGCUCUCAGCGCCCAACCGGCUUCUGUGGUGUGGGUGCUUGCCUUGUCUCAUGCUCCCCAACCAGACCACCUCAAUCUCCCACACUCACCUCCAUCCGCCACAAAAUCCUGCACGCUACAGAAGAUAAAGUCAACAUCCUCAUGUCGCGAUCCGCUAUCGAACGAACAGCCAUCUGAACCCCCCAGUGCCACCAUCUCUUGGUGCGAACGACCCUCAUCCGCGGCUACGCGACCAAACGCGUCAAAGAAGCCACUCCUUUUUCUCGGCUCUGUCGUUAGCUUUGCGUCGGCGAUUUCUGCAUGCUGUGCUACGUCAAGAAGAACCUCCGGC